GGCGACAGCGGCUGCCAGCAGCGAGCGGGGCCCGAGCGACGAGAGUAGCCGCUUCCCCCACCGGAGCUCUCGGCCCCGGCGGCGCAGCCAGACAUGAGCAGCCCCGAUGCGGGCUACGCCAGCAGCGAGGACCAGGCUCAGGGGCGGUGCUCGUUGCCCGUUAUGAUGCCGGCCGUGGGCCCAUGCCCGUGGGCAGAGUCGCUGAGCCCGCUGGGCGAGGCAAAGGCGAAGGGCGAGGCGACGGCGUCAGGGGCGUCGGGCGGCCGGAGCAAGAGCGAGGCGCGGAUCCGGCGGCCCAUGAAUGCCUUCAUGGUGUGGGCGAAGGACGAGCGCAAGCGGCUGGCGCAGCAGAACCCGGACCUGCACAACGCCGAGCUCAGCAAGAUGCUGGGUAAAUCGUGGAAGGCGCUGUCGCUGUCGGAGAAGCGCCCGUUCGUGGAGGAGGCGGAGCGGCUGCGGGUGCAGCACAUGCAGGACCACCCCAACUACAAGUACCGGCCGCGGCGGCGGAAACAGGUGAAGCGCCUGAAGCGGGUGGAGAGCGGCUUCCUGCAGCACGGCCUGGCGGAGCCGGCGGGGCCCGGGCUGAGCACCGAGGCAGGCGGCAGCAGCGGCAGGAUGUGCGUGGAGGGCCUGAGCCUGCCCUACGGCGAGCAGGGCUACGCGGUGUCGGGCGUGGGCCACUACCGGGACUGUCCACCGCUGGGCGCCGGCUUCGACGGGUACAGCCUGCCGACGCCGGACCCGUCGCCGCUGGACACGGUGGAGAGCGAAGCGCCGUUCCUGGCGGCGGGGCUGCAGGAGGAGUGCGCGCUGGUGCCCUACGGCUUCGCCCCGCACCCGGCGGCGGCGGGCGAGUACUCGGCGGCGGCGAGCGAGAGUCCGGCGGGCGCGGCGCUGCGCCGGCACCUGCCUUCCGGCGAGGCGCUGGGCCCGGGCCCCGCGCUGCAGGGGCUGCAGGGGCUGCUGGGCUGCCCGGCGCCGUUGCACGCCUACUACGGGCAGGCGUGCCAGCCGCCGGGCCCGGGGCGCGGCCCGUUGCCGCCGGGAGCCGUCGGGCAGCCGUCGCCGCCGCCCGAGGCAGCGCCGUGCCGGGAGCAGCUGGAGCAGCUGCCGCCGGAGGAGCUGCUGGGCGAGGUGGACCGCACCGAGUUCGAGCAGUACCUGCACUUCGCCUGCAAGCCCGAGCUGGGGCUGACCUUCGCCGGACACGACGUGGCCGAGAGCGUGGGGCCCGUCUCCUCGGCCGUGUCGGACGCCAGCACCGCCGUGUACUACUGCGGCUACCCCGACGUGUGAGGGCCUCCUCGGGAACACGG